ACCCCGCUUUUGGAUGCUGAAUCCUCCCUGGACUAUGGACACAGCCUUACCCAGGCAUCCUCGGAGAAGAUCUGGCGAGCCGGGAAGCUCCUCUUCACCUUCCUCACCAGCACCAGCCCCGGCCUCAUCCGGGACCACAAGCAUCACCUGCGGCACCACAGGAGGUGCUGCUCCGGGAAGGAGCUGGUGGACUGGAUGCUGAACGCAGAGCUGGGCAUCCAGACGCGGAGCCAAGCCAUCGGCGUGGGGCAGGUGCUGGUGGACGGCGGGGUCCUGACCCACGUGAAGCAGGAGUGGCAUUUCCAGGACAAGGACACCCAGUUCUAUCGUUUUGCUGAGCUGGAGCUGAGCCCUGAGCACCGCAUGGGGCUGAGGGAUGCGGAGGAGCUGCUGGAGGCGGUGACCUUCCUGGCACAGCUGGGGCCCGACGCACUGCUCACCAUGGCCCUGCGCAAACCACCUGCCCAGCGCACGGAGGACGAGCUGGAGCUCAUCUUUGAGGAGCUGCUCCACAUUAAAGCCGUGGCUCACCUCUCCAACUCGGUGAAGCGGGAGCUGGCGUCCGUGCUGAUGUUCGAGUCGCACCAGCGAGCUGGCACCGUGCUGUUCAGCCAAGGGGAUAAAGGCACCUCGUGGUACAUCGUCUGGAAGGGUUCGGUGAACGUGGUCACCCACGGCAAGGGCUUAGUGGCCACGUUGCACGAAGGGGACGACUUCGGGCAACUGGCGCUGGUGAACGACGCUCCCCGAGCAGCCAGCAUCAUCCUGAGGGAGGACAACUGCCACUUCCUGCGGGUGGACAAGCAGGACUUCAACCGCAUCCUCAAG